CGCGGUUUUUCCAAGAGAGUGAGGUUUUCCUCUCAUCCCAUCUCAGUAACCUCUGCACUUUUCUUCUCAUUUCUCUUAUAUAUAUACCCGAAACAAGUUUCCUAUUUUCAGUUCUAUCUCUUGGUAAACCCAUAACCAUGCUUCUAAGGAGCUCUUCAACACCAAUCUUGAACUCAUGGCUCUCCCACUGCAAAGACCCCCAACCAGAGCCAGAACCAGUUCUCAAUCUUCCUAGAACCAGGUCAAUCAACUUGUCAUCUUCUCUUCACUCCCCGACCUUUGACCCAACAAAGAAAGCAACCCAAUUCCUAGUCGAAUCAGACCAACAAACCUCACCAGUUAAUCCCCAAAAGAAAACCCCCAUACCUCAAAUCCAGAUAAAGAAAUCUAAAAACAGAGCCAAAGAAGGUUUGGAACAAGAAGAGGAACUAAAACCCAUUACCAUAUCAUCAUCAUCUUCAACCCAACGGCUGUUUUCAAGCUCUGGAUUGGGUGGGAAACUCGUGGAUGACGAAGCUUGUGGUGCAGAGAAGAAGGAGUGUGUGUUGCAGACACUGACGGUGGGUGGUGGUUUGGGAAAUAAUGGCGGUAAGAUCUGUGGUGGUGGUGGAGGGAGGAAAGAAUCGGACGGUGGAGAUGAGUCUGGCUUCAGUAACAAUAACAAUGGGAUUAAUAAUACUGAUGCUUAUUACCAGAAAAUGAUUCAAGCAGACCCCAGCAAUCCACUCUUACUUAGCAACUAUGCAAAGUUUCUAAAAGAGGUCCGAGGAGACCAUGAUAAAGCGGAGGAGUACUGUGAGAGAGCAAUUUUGGCUGAUCCGAAUGAUGGCGAUGUUUUGUCAACAUAUGCUGCUCUCAUAUGGAACACACAGAAGGAUGCUCAACGAGCGGAGAAUUAUUUUGAUCAAGCUGUUAAAGCUUCCCCAGAUGAUAGUUAUGUCCUGGCUUCGUAUGCUGGAUUCCUGUGGGAUGCUGAAGAAGAUGAAGAAGAAGAUGAAGGAAAUGAAAGGGUUCAACAUGGAACUGAUCAAAGCCACACAUCUUCAUCCAAUUUCUACCACGGAUCUCAUCAGCAAUCUCCUAUAAUUGCAGCUUCUUAAACAACUCUUCAUCUGAGAUAAAUAACAUACUAGCUGUGACAUGUAAAAUAGUUGAAAUAACAUAUUACCGGAUAUAUGAUAUCUACCCUUCAUGUCUUGUUCCUUGCA